AUGCAUUGGCACAGAGGCCUGGAGGAUAUCGAUCAAUGCUUGGAUGACUUCCCACCCCUCAGGUACUGGAUGCCUCAGUACCAGUCUCCUAUUCCAUCCCUGACAGGAUUCGCUCAAAAGAUUGGGCCAAUACUUAGUGCCUCGACUCAUCUUGUCCCCCCAAAUGACUUCUCGUAUGGUACUAAGCCACGUCAAGACGCACAGCUACGUCAAGACGAAGAGCCAGACCAGGACCAAGAGCCAGACCAGGAUUUUAACGUACUGAUGCAUCCUCCAAACUUGGUGAAGAUUGUAUCAGAAGAGAUACGGCAGGAUGCUGAGGCGUGGAACACGGCGAUUGAGAAACUCGCGACCGCUAAAGGCAAGAGUUUACGGUACGAUCCUGCUAAAAUGAUCACAACCUACGAUGUUUUCGAAAGUGAUCUCGCAAAAGCAACAUAUGAUGGCACUCUCAGUACCAUUUUAAUGCAUGGUCGUCUACCGGAUCUCCCGACCCUCCCAACAGCAAAGCAACGGAAGCUCAGCCAUUCAGCUCAGGAUCUUCAAAGAAACACAGCCCCUAAAGAUGAACAGCUUUUAAUUCCUGAAGAAGAGAAAUUGGUACGCAUCAACGACAUCUUGGGUCUACCAUUCCGGGCCAAUGGUUGGUACAACAUACCAGGUAUUCUGGAAGCAGAUUAUGCGACAACGAGCAAUGUAGCCGUGUGCAUCGAUAUAGAUCAAAUGAGUAGUCGCACUAGAUAUAUUGACAACUCCCGUUUCCGAGGAAUGAUCCACGCAGACACACCAGGCUUCGGGAAAACUCUGUUUGCUCUUGCAGCAAUUGUUGUAUCAGCCGGGUUAACUGGUAGCAUCAAUGGUCUAUAUAUUCAUCGCCCCUCUUUCGUGCUGCCGUGA